AUGUUUAAACCAAGAUCUACUUAAAGAUAAACUAUAAAUUAUAGAAAUUCCAUAUUAUAAUUUGAACCUGCAAAACUUGGAGUUUAACAUAAAUCUUCAUUAAGAUUAGAAGAUUUAGAUAUAUAAUGUUUAGUUCCUAAUAUUGAUAAUUUUCAUUUCAAUAUUUUGGUUGUUGAUGAUAUGAUGUAAAAAUAAUUAGUAGUAGUAGUUGAAAUAUUGAAAUAUCAUAACUUAAUUAAAGAAUAUGAUAUUCCCUUAGAUACUCUUUGUUAAUUCCUUAGUGAAGUAGAAUAUAAGUAUAAUAAGAAAAAUAAUGUAUUUCAUAAUUAUGAUCAUGGUAUUUCUGUUAUGUAGAAUGUUCAUGCUAUUCUAUUAUAAUUACAUUAAACUAAUAAUUCUUCUAUUUUAUCAUUAUUCAAUUAAAUUGCUUUAUUAUUAUCUGGAUUAUGUCAUGAUGUUUCUCAUACAGGAAGAACAAAUACCUUUGAAAUAAAUAGUUUAUCAAAUUUAGCUAUAAGAUAUCAUGAUAGGAGUGUUUUAGAAUAAUAUCAUGCAGCUAAAUCACUGAAAUUACUUUGUGUUCCUAAUACUAAUAUAUUAUAAAGUUUAAAAAGUGAAGAAUUUAGAAAAUUCAGGAGAAUAUUCAUUUCCAAUAUUUUAUAUACAGAUAUUACUGAACAUUUUAAUUUAAUUAAGAAUUUCGAGACUAAAAUAUUAGAAUAGAAUUUUGGAUCAUAAGAUGAAGAUAUCAAAUUAUUAAGUGGCAUGAUUAUUCAUACAUCAGAUUUCACAGGAGGAGCAAAAUAAUUUGAGUUGUCCAAACAAUGGUCAUUUAAAGUAAAUAAAAAAUUUGAAUAACAGUAUGAAUUAGAAGGUAAAUUAGGAUAUCCACAAUUACCAUAUAUGAAAGAUUUAAAUAAUGUAUUAUUAAUAUUUAAUUAGUUAUCUGUGAUGGCAAAAUAAGAGGCUGGGUUUUUCAAGUUUAUUGUUAGACCAUUGUGGCAAUCAAUGUCUAAAUAUUUAGAUAAUAGAUUAUAAAAAUAGGUUGAAUAUCUUGAUGAAAAAAUCUAAAAGUGGGAAGAAAUUGCUAAUUCUGAAUGA